CAAUGCUAUGAAACAAACGUCUAUAUUACUUAGCUAUUUUCUUAAUGGUUAUUAAAAAACAUGCAAACUCCUAGAAAUCCCUAUCCUUAGUGAUAAAUAACCUUAGUAAAUUUGUUUGUUUAACUUUUAAUAUAGAAAUUGAAGUCAGCGAUGUUGAAGAUGAUAGUAUGGAGAAUAAUAGUAUUUAUAAUCAGACAAACAAUUAUGAAGAUACAAUUCAUGAAGAUGGGGAAGAGAAUAUUGUAUUGUUUACUGAACAAAAGAAACCUUCAAAACAAUCUGGUACAUGGACUGAACAAGUCAUAAAGCAGCUAAUAGCUGAACGUACCAAGCUCAGCAAAGAAUUUAUGUAUGCCAAAAAAAAGGGACAAAAGAACAAUCUGUGGGAAAAAAUAGCAAAAGUUUUGCAUAAACAGGGCUACACAAACUUUACAGCUACUAAUUGUGAUGAUAAGUGGAGAGGAUUGCUAAACCAGUUUCGAAAGGUGCAUGAUGCAAGUAAAAAAACUGGUGGUAGUGCUAUUAAAUGGAAAUUCUAUAAGCAAAUGGAGGAAGCAAUAGAGCCAAUUGGGAAAAAACAAGCUAUGUCGCCUCCUAGAAACAUAUUAAAAGAGUCAUCUACUUGUGAAGAAACUUUAUCACAGUAUGUAGAAUCAACACCUACUAGACAACUUAACGCUUCAACAUCUGUAGCUAUUUCACCACGGUAUGCAGAACUACCAUCAACUACACCAAAAUCCUCCCCUGAAAUUCUACCAUUGAGCUCGGUCAAAGGAAAAUCCCCAGGAUGGUUCCAAAAGUACCAAGAACAAAAAACAGAACAAAUAAAUUUAGCUUUGAGGAAUGCAAACGAAUUACAUAAUCGCCUAGAUAAGAUGGAAAAAAGAGAGGAAGAAAUGAUAGCGAUUCAAAGGCAUCUUGUUUCCAAACUUGAAGAUGCUAAUAAUAUUGAACUUCAAAAGUUAGAAGUUUUUAAACAGAUGUUCAAUAAACAAUAACUACCAUUAGUUCUAAAAAAAAAAUGAUUUACAAAUGCCGGUCUCACAACUGUUUUUAAUUAAGUAUAAGGUUAUUACUUAUUUGUUACUAAAAGAAAUAAGUGUGAUCUCCUAUAACUGUUAAAUUUGAAAAAGUUUAUUUAUAAAAAUAAUAUUAAAGUACUACUAAAUUUGAAUUAUGUGUAUAUUAUAAUGUUUUGUUUUUAAUUAAAAUGUUUUAACACCAGAUCAUUAUAAAACUGUUUGUAAUUAACUUUAAGGUUAUUAGUUACUAAAGGAAUAAGUGUGAUCUCUUAAAACUGUUAAAUUUGAAAAAGUUUAUUUAUAAAAAUAAUAUUAAAGUACUACUAAAUUUGAAUUAUGUGUAUAUUAUAAUGUUUUGUUUUUAAUUAAAAUGUUUUAACACCAGAUCAUUAUAAAACUGUUUGUAAUUAACUUUAAGGUUAUUAGUUACUAAAGGAAUAAGUGUGAUCUCUUAAAACUGUUAAAUUUGAAAAAGUUUAUUUAUAAAAAUAAUAUUAAAGUACUACUAAAAUUGAAUUAUGUGUAUAUUAUAAUAUUUUGUUUUUAAUUAAAAUGUUUUAACACCAGAUCAUUAUAAAACUGUUUGUAAUUAACUUUAAGGUUAUUAGUUACUAUAGGAAUAAGUGUGAUCUCCUAAAACUGUUAAAUUUGAAAAAGUUUAUUUAUAAAAAUAAUAUUAAAGUACUACUAAAAUUGAAUUAUGUGUAUAUUAUAAUAUGUUUUGUUUUUAAU